AUGUAUUGUAUAACAGGUGGAGCAGAAUUAUGUACUACUCUCUUAGAUAAAAAUUCUAAUCGUGGUGAACAAAUUGGAUUUGGUGCAAUAUUUGAAGUAGAAGUUUUAGGAACUAUUUUAUUAAAUAAAUUAAAUAGUCAUUUAGAUAAAUUAGUAGAUUAUUUGCCACCUGAAAUAACAAUUGAUGCAUUGAAGAAAUUUGCAUUCUCAGUACGCAAACUUUCACCGGAUAUACGGCAACCUGUAAUUCAAGCAUAUGUAGAUGCUCUUCAAUCUGCUUAUACUGCAAUUAUACCUGUGUUUCCUUGCCUCUUUCUUUAUAGUCGAAAAUAA